GCAGGCUAGCGAGGUGGGGGCGAUCGUUUGCUUGGCUCGCCCCACCAUCUUUGCGUAGGGGAAGAGGGGGAGAGGCAAGCGUAGUCCCAGCUCGGCUGCGCUGCAAGCUCCUCCAAGCCAAUGAGCCUUUUCAGGCUGGAGUGAAGAAGGGAGGAACGUGGGAGAAAAAGGAGGGCGAAGAACGGGAGGGAGUGAGGGAAGGAAGGAAGGAAGGAAGGAAGGAAGGAAGGGGUCUUACUUCUGAGGCUCCCCACAUUUGCGCCGAUGCCCAUCUGGUCAGUUUCGUCGUAGGGACUGAACUGCAGGGGCCGAAGAAGAACCGAGCGAAACGAAAACUAGACGACCAGAAGAAGAAACAAAUCAUAUUAAUAUGGGUCAGCCGGUGCCUCCAACUAUUUUCCUCGUGCUGGUGGGGCUUCUGGGGGAGUCGCUCGGAGGUUUUCCAAACACCAUCAGUAUAGGGGGACUUUUCAUGAGAAACACAGUCCAGGAGCACAGCGCAUUCCGAUUUGCUGUACAGUUAUACAACACAAACCAGAAUUUUACAGAAAAACCUUUUCACUUGAACUACCAUGUUGACCACCUGGAUUCCUCCAACAGUUUUUCUGUAACAAAUGCAUUCUGUUCGCAGUUUUCCAGGGGAGUGUAUGCCAUCUUUGGAUUCUACGACCAGAUGUCGAUGAACACACUGACGUCUUUCUGUGGGGCACUGCACACAUCUUUCAUCACUCCCAGUUUCCCAACUGAUGCUGAUGUGCAAUUUGUCAUUCAAAUGCGCCCAGCUCUGAAGGGAGCCAUCUUGAGCCUCCUGACUUACUACAACUGGGAGAAGUUUGUGUACCUCUAUGACACAGAAAGAGGAUUUUCCAUUCUUCAGGCAAUUAUGGAAGCCGCCGUGCAAAAUAAUUGGCAAGUGACGGCCCGAUCUGUGGGAAGCAUAAAAGAUGUUCAGGAGUUCAAGGCAAUCAUUGAGGAAAUGGACAAGCGGCAGGAGAAAAGAUACUUGAUCGACUGCGAGGUUGAAAGAAUAAACACCAUUUUGGAACAGGUUGCAACCCUUAGUAAACAUUCCAGAAGUUAUCACUACAUGCUUGCUAAUCUGGGUUUUACAGAUAUUUCACUGGAAAGAGUGGUACAAGGAGGUGCCAAUGUAACUGGAUUUCAGAUUAUUAAUAAUGACAAUCCAAUGGUCCAGCAGUUUAUGCAGCGCUGGGUGAGACUUGAUGAAAGAGAAUUCCCUGAAGCAAAAAAUUCUCCGCUAAAGUACACAUCUGCACUGACCCACGAUGCCAUACUAGUUAUAGCAGAAGCUUUCCGGUAUCUCCGAAGGCAGCGUGUUGAUGUCUCCCGGAGAGGUAGUGCUGGAGAUUGCCUAGCAAACCCUGCUGUGCCUUGGAGCCAAGGGAUUGAUAUAGAAAGAGCACUGAAAAUGGUCCAAGUGCAAGGAAUGACAGGAAAUGUCCAAUUUGAUACCUACGGACGUAGAACUAAUUAUACAAUUGACGUUUAUGAAAUGAGACCUGGAGGACCACGGAAGGCCGGUUACUGGAAUGAAUAUGAGAGGUUUGUGCCAGCAGUAGACCCCACAGUCUCCAACGACACUUCCUCUGUUGAGAACAGGACCAUCGUGGUCACAACCAUCCUUGAAGCACCCUACGUGAUGCGCAAGCAAUCUCCUGACCAAAAGGGAGGAAAUGAAAAAUAUGAAGGCUAUUGUGUUGAUCUUGCAUAUGAAAUAGCAAAGCACGUUGGGAUAAAAUAUGAACUGUCCAUUGUUCCUGAUGGGAAAUACGGAGCAAGGGAUCCUGACACUAAAAUGUGGAAUGGCAUGGUGGGUGAGCUGGUCUAUGGGAGAGCAGACAUUGCAGUUGCCCCGCUGACUAUAACUUUGGUCCGAGAAGAAGUCAUAGACUUUUCCAAGCCAUUUAUGAGCCUGGGCAUUUCCAUCAUGAUCAAGAAGCCCCAAAAGUCUAAACCGGGUGUCUUCUCCUUCCUGGAUCCUUUGGCCUAUGAAAUUUGGAUGUGUAUAGUCUUUGCUUACAUUGGAGUCAGCGUGGUUCUGUUUCUAGUCAGCAGAUUCAGCCCUUACGAGUGGCAUUUGGAGGACAACCAGGAAGAACCACGAGACCCUCAGAACCCUCCUGACCCUCCAAAUGAGUUUGGAAUAUUUAACAGCCUUUGGUUUUCCCUGGGUGCCUUUAUGCAGCAAGGAUGCGAUAUUUCUCCAAGAUCUCUCUCAGGGCGAAUUGUUGGCGGCGUCUGGUGGUUCUUCACCCUCAUCAUUAUCUCUUCCUACACUGCCAACCUUGCUGCCUUCCUUACGGUGGAAAGGAUGGUGUCUCCCAUAGAAAGUGCUGAAGACUUGGCUAAGCAGACCGAAAUAGCCUAUGGAACUCUGGAUUCAGGUUCAACCAAAGAAUUUUUUAGAAGAUCCAAAAUAGCUGUCUAUGAGAAAAUGUGGUCGUACAUGAAGUCAGCAGAGCCAUCUGUAUUUGCCAAAACAACAGCGGACGGGGUGGCCCGCGUGAGGAAAUCUAAGGGGAAGUUUGCCUUCCUGCUCGAAUCGACCAUGAAUGAGUACAUUGAACAACGGAAGCCUUGUGACACAAUGAAAGUUGGUGGGAACCUGGAUUCCAAAGGCUAUGGUGUAGCAACUCCCAAAGGCUCAGCAUUAAGAACUCCUGUAAACCUUGCAGUAUUGAAACUCAGUGAACAAGGCAUCUUAGACAAGCUGAAAAACAAAUGGUGGUACGAUAAGGGUGAAUGUGGCGCCAAGGACUCGGGAAGUAAGGACAAGACAAGCGCUCUGAGCCUGAGCAAUGUUGCUGGGGUUUUCUAUAUUCUUGUCGGAGGUCUCGGCCUUGCCAUGACGGUGGCCUUGAUAGAGUUCUGUUACAAGUCUCGGGCUGAGUCCAAACGAAUGAAACUCACAAAGAACACACAAAACUUUAAGCCUGCUCCUGCACCCAAUACCCAGAAUUAUGCUACGUACAGAGAAGGCUACAACGUGUAUGGAACAGAAAGUGUUAAGAUCUAGUGGUACGGCUAAAGGUCCAAUCCCGCACUUAUGAUGGCAUGCAAAGGAAGGAGCUACCAAGAUCCCAGCAACUUCAGUGAUCCUGACCACCUGAGCCAAUUUUACUCCCUCCCAGAUGUCGGGUCUGACACAUUAUUGACGAUGGUGCAAUGAACUCUUCAUAGGAAUUUUAUUUUUUCCUUCAGUGCCUUACAGGAAAUUCUUAAGACUCAAAAACAAUGCAAACCAUCAAAAAAUAGUCUUGCUUUGCUUGAAAACAAAACAAAACAAAACAACUACUACAAGAAGAACACAGAUUGAUAAGAAGAUGAUAUUCUCAUACACGGAAAGAGAAAGAGAGAAAAGUAUUCUUGUAAAAAUAAUUUUAACAAAAGUUCAACAGAAGCCAUUCUUUGAUACCACUGCACAGUAUAUAUGGACGUUAAUUCUUUUGAAAAGAGACAAGAGGUUUUCAAGUGCCCCCUUUUAUCAAAAUAUUAAGCUGUUCUUAAUAUUAUGCCUCAGAAUACCACUGCUUAUAUUCUUAGGGCAGCCUGUUAACCUAACUCUGUGAUUUCCUGUCACAAUGUGUUGCUUUGUUCCUUCCUUUGUGACAGUAAGGAUCCUCUUUUGCCAUUUCCGCUCUAGAUCCUGCCUCACAUUUUAAGAAAAUGCAUAUAUCUGCUCCAACAAGUGAAUGUAACAUACAAAAAAAAAAAAAGAGGAUGAAAAUAUGUGGAGGGGGGGGAGGAGGUGUGUCAACCAAUCGAAAUAAAACAUCGUGGAGGCUCAUGCAUCAAUUUGUCAAGGAAGGACCUGGUGUAUCUUACAAAGGAAAGUUUUCAAGAUGGAAAACACAAGAGGACAGGCUAGAAAUGCACCCAUGUCCUCUAUCAUCUGCAAGUGCAUUCUUAUUUUUAUUAUUGAAACAAA